AUGCGGGGCUCACCUAGUUCUGGCUCUAAGCCAGACAAAACCAUGUCUUCGCGGUUGCUGACGAUGAAGUUCAUGCAACGCGCUGCCGCCACCAAUGCUGCUCGUGAAGCCUCUCAGCCGACAUCCACGGAUGAUUCCAAAGUGUCCACUCCCCCGAAGCGGCAGAGACUCUCUAUCGGCCCGACCGACAGCCCCAGCACGCCUCAGUCAGAUCUUGAUGCGAUUUCGGCGGCCCUAGCGGAAGAGGAAGAAAAGCGCAGGGAAGCACUUGCCCGUCAGGCUCAAGACUCGGGUGACACCGAAUGGGUGCUGGACUAUAGUGCGCCGGUGGCUCAAUAUGCGCCGCCGCCGUUUGUUGUCGCGGAUGGAUCGCUGGAUGCGGAUGACGAUGAUAUCGGCGGUGGUCGACAGGCUUAUGGAAAUUUCAAACGGAAGAAGAGGACAGUGACUGGCGAGACCGACGACGAAGCUGAAGACGACGGCUCGAUUAAAAAGGAAAACAAGCCACGAGUCAAAGUGUCACAACUUACAAGCAUCUCGGGCGGACGACACGGAACAGUAGGAGACGACAAGAAGAAGAAACGGAAACAUAAAUAA